UAUACCUAAAUGCAAUGAAACCGGCAACGCAACGCAAAGCUAAUUUAAGUUGGAAACAAAGCAAAAGCAAAGCCAGACGCCAGUUUCAUUUGUCCAGCAGCGGAGCAGCCCGUCGCCUUCAGUGGAGUGCUUGCAGUCCACGGCCUCAUACACAGACAGAGACAAAGUCAGAGAGGGAGGGAGCGAGAAAGAUGUCGUGUGAUGAGAGAACAGCGCUGCUGGCGACGGGGCACCAGCGAGGACAGCGCAAAGAGCCGCACGACAUCAUUGUCGUAGCAGGCAAGGAUCCAAAGGAUUUUGAGCCCAUUUUCACAACUGCUGACUUCUCGUACGGCCUAACGCUGGAAGAGCUGCUGCCCUUCGCUUUGGAUCCCUGGUGGCAGAAUGUGCGUCGCCUGUGUUUUGCCUGCAUCUGGCUGACAUUUAUGCUGACCCUCUUGGCAUCCCUGUGUCUGGCCUAUUACCAUGACAAUGCCACAGCCUGUCGGCCCACAGAAGUACUUGCCACAACACUGUCACCGCCUGCCACACUCGCCCUGGCUACCAAUGGCACCUUGCUGUUGCCCAGCUAAUAGUUUGCUCUAAUCUGCGCGCACAAAUUGGAACUGGAACUCUUGAUUACGGUUGCUGCAAUCCCACGGAUUGGAUUACAUCAGCCGCCGCUUAAGUGCUCCACUUGGCAGCGGCUUCCCUCGGCACAGCUGGUGACUAAGCGAUAAGCCGAUUGCGAUGCAAACAGCUAAGCCAAUUGAUUGACUGUAACAUUUAAAUUAUAAUUAAUAACGAUUUAUAACAUAUUUAUAUUAAAUAUUAC